AUGAAUUCUGACAGAAGAGGUAUUUGUAGUUACAAGUUUGUGGAGCCUCAAUUGAAUACUUUGAGAGGGUUAGGGACUCGUCUGUUCUAUGAUCCUCCGAUGAGGUGCUUUACUUUUCAAGAUUAUCAGUUGGCUCCGACUCUGGAGGAAUAUUCUCAUAUCUUAGGGGUUGGAAUUAAGAAUCAUGUUUCUUUUGUGAGCACAAAGGAGCUUCCCAAGUCUCAUCUUAUAAUUGUAGCCCUCCAUUUGGAGAAGAAAGAAGUGGAAAUCAACCUCAAACUCAAUGGUGUAACUCAUAGUUUUACUUCAAAGCUUCUUGUAGACAAAGUCAUUGCUUUUGCUGACGCUGGAAGUUGGGAUGCAUUCAAUGCUAUUCUUUCUUUACUCAUAUAUGGGAUUGUGUUGUUCCCUAACAUGGAAGAUUUUGUGGAUUUGGCCUUUAUUCACAUCUUUAUGACCAAGAGUCUUGUUCCUACUCUCCUGGAUGAUACUUACUAUUCCAUCCAUGUGAGAAAUCAGAAGAAGAAGGGAACUAUUGUGUUUUGUAUCCCUAUGUUGUACAAAUGGUUUAUAUCUCAUAUACCCAACAAGAGCCCUUUUGUUAAAAACAAAGGCAAACCCAAAUGGUCUCAGAGGAUCAUGUCUCUAACUGCUGAAAAUAUAUUAUGGUACUCUCGAAGUUACAACGAUGUCAAUAUUAUUCUUAAUUAUGGUAAUUUCCCUAAUGUUCCCAUCUUAUGUAUAAAAAGUGGAAUUAAUUACAAUCCGAGAUUGGUAUUGUGUCAGUUAGGCUACCCGAUGUUAGACAAACCUGACUCCGAGCAAUUGGAAGAUUUUGUCUUAUAUGAAGGGGUUGACAAUUGGGAGUUACUGAAGAAGAUCAUCAGAGUUUGGGGGGAGAUUCAUCCUCAAGGAAGGGUUGAGCUGGGAUUGAGGAAUUGUGUAGCGAAGGAAGCCUAA